UCACUUCAUCUUUACCAAUUGAAACUUGUCUCUAUGGUAGGGAUAAGGAUAAAAAGGUGAUAAUAGAGUUGCUCCUAAGUGAUCAAUCUAGUAGUAACAAAGUCGGUGUAGUCCCGAUUGUGGGUAUGGGUGGGGUUGGCAAGACCACCCUUUCUCAAAUGGUCUACAACGACGAUAUGGUGGACAAGCAUUUUGAAAUGAAAGCAUGGGUCUGCGUAUCUGAAGAGUUUGAUAGUGUAGAAGUGACUAAAGCGAUUCUUGAGUCUGUCAUUUCUAGGACCUGCAAGUUUAAAGCCUUGGAUCAAGUUCAAGUUGAGCUAGAAAAGGCUUUGGCUGGGAAAAAGUUCUUGAUUGUUCUUGAUGAUGGGUGGAACAAAAACCACAGUGACUGGAGCAGUUUAAAGAGCCCUUUCAAUGAUGGAGCCCUAGGAAGUAAAGUCAUUGUAACAACACGCAUAAUGGAUGUUGCAUUUAUGAUUGCAAGACCCAGUAAAUAUCACUUCCUAAAGGAACUAUCCGAGGAUGAGUGUUGGUUAGUGUUUGCGCAACAUGCAUUUGAUGAUAGAUGUAUGGAUGCAAAUCCAAAUUUGGUUUCAAUUGGUCGGAAAAUUGUCAAAAAAUGUAAAGGCUUGCCUUUGGCUGCUAGGACACUCGGUGGCCUUCUACGCUGCAAAUUGAGAGAGGAUGAAUGGGAAGGAGUAUUGAACAAUAAAAUAUGGGAGUUAUCAGAAGAGGAAAGUUAUAUUCUUCCAGCUUUGAAAUUAAGUUAUUAUCACCUUCCUUCGCAUAUGAAGAAAUGUUUUGCAUAUUGUUCCAUUUUGCUGAAGGAUUAUGAAUUUGAGGAGAAUGAACUAGUUUUCUUGUGGAUGGCUGAAGGCUUAAUUCCGAAGCAAAAAGGAAAAAAGCAAAUGGAAGAUCUUGGUUGUGAGUACUUUCAUGAACUAUUAUCGAGGUCAUUUUAUCAACCAUCAAGUAGUGGUGAACUAUUUGUAAUGCACGACCUCAUCAAUGAUUUGGCUCAGUUUGUUGCCAGAAAAAUUUGUUUUAGGCUAGAGGAUAAACUGAAAGAGAGUGAGGGAGAUGAAAUUAUCCAUAAAGCUCGACAUUCAUCCUACACAAGCGGGUAUCAUGAUGGCAUGACGAAGUUUGAGGCCUUUCAGAAAGCCAAAAAUUUGCGGACAUUUUUACCAUGUGGAUCUAGAUAUCAAGGAUUUGCCAACUUGACUAGCAAUGUUCCCCUCCGUUUGUUGCCGAGUCUAAGACGUUUACGUGUGCUUAGUUUGCGAAGAUAUCGAAUAGGUGAACUUUCAAAUUCGAUUGGGGAUUUGAAACAUGUGGGGUACCUUGACCUUUCAUGUGCCUUGAUUUUAGCUUUACCAGAAUCAAUAGGCACUCUCUACAACCUACAAACGCUAAUUUUGAGAGACUGUAAAAAUCUCAAGAAGUUGCCUACAAAUACUAGUGACUUGAUUAGUUUGCAUCAUCUCGAUAUUACUGGUGCAGAUUCCUUACAAGAAAUGCCACCAAAAAUAGGAAAAUUAACAAGUCUCCGUACAUUAUCAAACUUCAUUGUUGGCAAUGGCAACGGGUCUACGAUAACUGAGCUGGGCAACUUGAUUCAACUUAGAGGGACACUUUGCAUCUUAGGGUUGGAGAAUGUGACGGAUGCUCUAGAUGCCCGAAGGGCCAACUUGAAGGAUAAACAAGGCUUAGAUGCGCUACUGAUGAAAUGGAGUAACAUCUCAUAUAAUUCUCGCAAUAUGAGUGUUGAAUCAAAAGUGCCUGAUAUGCUAGAACCUCACAAGAAGUUAAAAGAGCUUUCUAUUAGUGGUUACGGUGGUCUCACAUUCCCAACUUGGGUUGGAAAUUCUUUGUUCUCCAAUAUGGUCUACUUGAAGUUCCAAAACUGUGAAAAAUGCACUUCCUUGCCACCUUUGGGUCAGUUACCCUUGCUUGCAAAACUCUACAUUCAAGGAAUGAAGGAAGUAGGUAAUGUUGGACUUGAGUUCUAUGGCUUGGGUUGCUCAAAUCCUUUUUCAGCUCUAGAGAUUUUAACCUUCAACGACAUGCCCGAAUGGAAAGACUGGACUCCUUAUGGAGUCGAUGAGGGAGUUCAAGCAUUUGCUCUCCUAUCAAAGCUCUCCAUUAUAAGGUGUCCCAAGCUUUCGCGUGAGUUGCCCAAAAAUCUUCCUUGUUUAAGAAAACUGCAUAUUGAGGAGUGCUCGACGUUGGUGUUUGCGUGGGUUCCAAGCUCUACAGAGCUGAAUGAAAUGAGGAAUACACUUCACUUUGAUUCACUCAUCUCCUUGCAUCUAAAAAAUGUUUUGAUUUCGGACUCCUGUAGUUUUGAAGUUUGUGAUCAAGCAGUGCUUAGAAACUCAAGGUAUAGCCUCUUGAAUUCGUUGACUUCGUUGAAAGUGGAAAAUAUUUGGGGUCACACAUGCCUACCCAAUUGGUUCUUAGGGCUGACAGGACUCGUAGAAUUAUAUCUCUCUGGUUUCGAAGAACUGACAACAUUGUGGGAGAACGAGUUGAGACUACAAGGCCGUCUCCCUGUCCUCCGAUGUCUCGCAAUUCGAAAUUGCCCCAAACUUAUCUCCAUGUUUGCUGAAGGAGGAGAAGGAGAUGACCUCAAAUCUCUUCAAAAGCUUUCCAUCUACCGCUGUCCAUGCCUCUUCUCUUUCCCAACAACAGGUUUGUUGUCUACUUUAAGAGAGCUGCAGAUUGAAUUCUGUGAUGGUCUGCUGUCCCCGCUUGAUUUGACAUUGCUGAAUAAUCUUGAGAAGCUAUAUAUUUCUUCCUGUCCAUCGCUCACAUACUUAAGUGCAGGAAGGGGGCUACCGCCUGCUCUCAAAGAACUAACGGUUCAUCGUUGUGCAAAGCUAAAGUCGCUAAUAGCAGAGGGUGUGAAGAUCAAUUCUCCAUCUCUUGAAUGUAUUGAGAUAUGGGAUUGUAAGCGAGUCAAAACACUACCAGAUGUUAUUCAAAAUAAUGGUCUUAGGAAUCUCAGUCGACUGCAGAUAUGGACCUGUGAGGAUCUAGAGUCCGUUCCGGAAGGAUGGUUUGUUGGGGAUUCUAACGUCCAAACCCACAAACAAACGCACACAAUCGAAGAACAAACCAAGAACAUAAAACAAUAUAAAGUAAGAAAAGAACAAGACACAGAGAUUACGUGGUUCCGACUUAAGCUGAUUGCUUAAUCGUACGUCCACGGAGUGCUGGGGUGUUUCACUAUGAUGAAAAUAUGUCAGAGUUACAAAAAAGAGACAGCCCUAGCUUUGCUUUUAUAUGCGCAAACAAACUAAUUCUAGAAAACCCUAAAAAAUGCUAAAACCUGCGUUGGGCGGGACCCAAAACCUUCCGGGUCAUUUUUACUGCAAA